GAGGGUAAGAAAGUUAAACUUGCUAUUGUUGAGUUUUCUGAUUAUGCUGCUUCUUGGUGGAAAAAGCUUGCUAGGGACAGAUUGCAAGAGGAGUUACCACCUAUUGCUACGUGGGCAAAGAUGAAGAGGGUAAUGAGGAAGCAGUUUAUUCCAUCAUACUUCCAAAGAGAUCUACAAUCUCGCCUUCAACGCUUGAAGCAAGGCUCCAUGUCGGUGGAUGAGUACUUCAAAAGCAUGGAUAUGGCUAUGAUCCAAGCUAACUGCAUGGAGGAAGAAGAGGCUACAAUAGCUAGAUUUUUAAAUGGUUUAAAUACAGAAAUAGCUAAUGUAGUAGAGAUACAACAAUAUGUAACUUUAGAUGAGUUAGUUGAUUUGUCUGUAAAAGUUGAAAAACAAAUUGAGAAAAAGCAGCAAAAUAACUCAUGGAGAAGGGAAACUCCUUCCAUACCUCAAGAUGAUAGAGGUAAAGGUAGGGUUGAGGAGGGAGGUAAAACCUUUAAUCCUAAAUCUUCUAAACCUUCAAGUUCUAUUCAAUGUCACAAAUGUCAUGGAAGGGGGCAUAUGAUGCAUGAAUGUCCAAGUAGAAGAAACAUCCUACUUAGAGAGAAUGGAGAAUAUGAGAGUGAAAAAAGUGAGGGGGAAGAAGAAGAGGGAGAAGGUGUAAGUGAGGAAGAUGAUUUGGAACUGCCUAAUGAUGGUAUAAUUGGGGUGGUUAGGAGAAUUAUGACUAUCAAUUUGGGUAGUGUUGAUGAAGGGCAGAGAGAGAAUUUGUUUCAUACUAGGUGUGGGAUAAAAGGGAAGACUUAUUCUAUGAUUAUUGAUGGGGGAAGUUGUGCAAAUGUGGUGAGUUCAUACUUGGUGGAUAAACUAGGAAUUGCAUGCAUGAAGCGCUCUACCCCAUAUAGGCUCCAAUGGUUGAAUGAUUGUGGAGAAGUAAAAGUAAACAAACAAUGCAUGAUUUCAUUCAAUGUUGGUAGGUAUGAAGAUGAGAUUCUUUGUGAUGUAGUUCCAAUGCAAGCAUGUCAUGUUUUACUUGGCCGACCUUGGCAGUAUGAUAGGCAGAAUUUUGAAGAUGUUUUUCCUGAUGACACUCCAAAGGGAUUGCCACCUUUGAGAGGGAUUGAGCACCAAAUAGACUUUGUGUCUGGGUCUCAACUUCCUAAUAGGCCUGCCUAUAGGAGCAAUCCUGAAGAGACCAAAGAAUUACAACGGCAAGUUGAAGAAUUGCUUGUAAAGGGAUUUGUUCGAGAGAGUAUGAGCCCAUGCUCUGUUCCAGUCCUAUUGGUCCCCAAAAAGGAUGGAACAUGGAGGAUGUGUUUUGUGGUCAGUUCUAAGGGAGUUGAAGUAGAUGAUGAGAAAAUCAAGGCAAUAAAAGAAUGGCCUAAACCUAAUAGUGUAACUGAAGUUAGGAGUUUUCAUGGACUUGCUAGUUUUUAUAGGAGGUUUGUGCGAGACUUUAGCACCAUUGCUGCUCCUUUAACUGAAGUUAUAAAAAAAGAUAAGGUUUUUACAUGGGGAAAGGAACAAGAUGAUGCAUUUAACUUGCUGAACGAUAAAUUGUGUUCUGCGCCUCUUUUGCAAUUGCCUGAUUUUUCUAAGUCUUUUGAAGUUGAGUGUGAUGCCUCUGGUAAGGGCAUAGGUGCAGUUUUGAUGCAAGACUCCAAGCCAAUUGCCUACUUUAGUGAAAAGCUAAGUGGAGCAACAUUGAACUACUCAACUUAUGAUAAGGAGCUAUAUGCCUUGGUGAGGGCGUUAGCUACAUGGCAGCACUACUUGUGGCCUCGAGAAUUUGUGGUCAAGACUGAUCAUGAGUCAUUAAAAUACUUGAAGAGCCAAGGUAAACUUAGUCGUAGGCAUGCUAAAUGGGUAGAGUUUAUUGAAACUUUUCCUUAUGUAAUUGCUUACAAACAAGGAAAGGAGAAUGUGGUUGCUGAUGCACUCUCAAGAAGGUAUAAAUUUAAUCUUCAAGAUGAAUUUCUAUUCAAGGAAAAUAAAUUAUGUGUUCCUAACUGCUCGUUGCGUGAACUAUUUGUUAGGGAAGCACAUUGUGGAGGGCUAAUGGGACAUUUUGGUGUACCCAAAACACUGGAAAUACUUUCUGAACAUUUUUAUUGGCCUAGCAUGAGAAAGGAUGUUGAAAAAGUGUGUUCUUAUUGUCUUGAAUGUAAACAGGCUAAGUCUAGAACAUUGCCGCAUGGUCUUUAUACUCCUUUACCUGUUUCUAAUUCCCCUUGGAUUGAUAUUUCUAUGGAUUUCAUAUUGGGGCUGCCAAGGACUAAGUAUGGUAAGGAUAGUAUAUUUGUGGUAGUAGAUAGAUUUUCUAAAAUGGCUCGUUUUAUCCCAUGUAAAAAGACUAAUGAUGCAUCUCAUGUGGCUGACUUGUUUGUAAAGGAAGUGGUUAAAUUGCAUGGAAUACCUAGAACUAUUGUUAGCGAUAGGGAUGCCAAGUUCUUAAGUCACUUUUGGAGAAUUCUUUGGGGAAAGUUGGGAACUAAAUUGCUAUUUUCUACAUCUUGUCACCCACAAACGGACGGGCAAACGGAAGUGGUUAAUAGAACUUUAGGGAACAUGUUGAGGGCUAUUUUGAAAGGAAAGUUGACUUCUUGGGAAGAUUACUUACCUAUUGUAGAAUUUGCUUAUAAUAGAACAUUCCAUUCUUCUACUGGUAAGACUCCUUUUGAAGUUGUAUAUGGAUUCAACCCCCUUACCCCCCUUGAUUUAUUGCCUUUGCCCUUGGUUUGGGUGCAUAUGCGAAAGGAAAGAUUUCCUUCCAAAAGAAAGACCAAACUAGAUCCUAGAGGAAGUGGGCCAUACAAAGUCCUUGAAAGGAUUGGAGACAAUGCUUAUAAACUUGCAAUGAAUACAACAAGGAACAACGCAAGGAAGGCCGGUGAGGAGAAUGUGAAUGAGGCGGUUCCCCCUCAAACUCCUCUAAACCCUCUAGUUCCUAUUGAAGAAGGGGCUAUGUCUAAUGCUGAUAUAAGGUCGGCUAUUCAUAAUUUGACUCAAGUGUUGGCAACUCAAGUUGCAAGGGAUUCUAGGGUACAAGUGAACCCCAAUGCUAGCACUACCGCUUCUAGGUUAAGGGAUUUCACAAAGAUGAAUCCCCCUACUUUCUUUGGGUCCAAGGGUUCAUUGAUGAAGUGUUUAAGGUCGGCUAUGCUAAUCCCAAGCAUGGAGAUUUCUUGCCUUAUGGUUCAUGCCGAGCAAAUUGAGGAGCAAAAGCUUAAACAAGUUGGUAGAAAAUUGAAGAGGUCAAGGAUCGAUCAUGGAAAUUCUUCCAAAGUUAGGUUUGAAAUCCAAGAUAAGCCAAAUUUCAAUAAGAGGUUUUUAAACCAAGGUCCUCCUAACACUCCAAAGGUCAACAAAGGUAAAGUGUCUACCCCAAAGCCUCAAGAAGCAAGACGUGGUGCUCCUUAUGUUGUGAAGCCUAUUUGUGCAAAGUGUGGUAAAAAACAUGAAGGCAAGUGCCUAGUUGGCACGGAUAAUUGCUAUGGUUAUGGUAAGAACGGCCACAUGAGGAGGGACUGCCCUAUGCUAAACACUCAAGGAAGAGAAAAUGCUCAAGCACAAGCAAGUGGCCCAAAUACCGAUGUUCCUAACAACAAUCGCUUAUAUGCUCUCAAUCCCGAGGUCAAGGAUCUUGAGUCCGAGAAUCCUCCUUUGGAGUCGGUCCCCGUAGUGAAGGAUUUUUUGGAAGUCAUUCCUGAUGACUUACCUGGAAUUUCUCUUGAACGGGAAAUAGAUUUCGGCAUCGAUUUAUUGCCGGAUACACAACCCAUUUCAAUCCCUCCUUACCGGAUGGCCCCGGCGGAGUUGAGGGAAUUAGAAGCAAUGAAUACAAGAAGGAACAACACAAUGAGGUCUGCUGAGGAUAAUGUGACUGAGGAGGUUCCCCCUCAAGCUCCGCAAAACCCUCUAGUUCCUAUUGAAGAAGGGGCUAUGUCUAAUGCUGAGAUAAGGUCGGCUAUUCAUAAUUUGACACUAGUGUUGGCCACUCAAGUUGCAAGGGAUACUAGGGUGCAAGUGAACCCCAAUGCUAGCACUACCACUUCUAGGAUAAGGGAUUUCACAAGAAUGAAUCCCCCUACUUUCUUUCGCUCCAAUGUGGAAGAAGAUCCACAAUGGUUCAUUGAUGAACUGUUUAAGGUUCUAGAGGCUAUGGAUGUGACUUCUCAAGAAAAGGCGGAGUUAGCCGCCUAUCAACUCAAAGAUAUGGCACAAGUUUUUCCCCUUGGAACUAAGGGAGAGGAAAAUGCAAUAAUUCAUCAACCUCCGUUAAGGGGGUAUGAGUGUGAAGGAGUAUGGCCUCAAGUUAUGCGUGUAUCCGAUCUUGUGGUGAAUGAAUGUAGGUCGGCUAUGCCAAUCCCAAGCAUGGACAUUUCUCGCCUUAUGGUUCAUGCCGAGCUAAUUGAGGAGCAAAAGCUUAAAAAAGUUGGUACAAAAUUGAAGAGGUCAAGGACCGAUCAUGGAAAUUCUUCUAAGGUUAGGUGUGAAAUCCAAGAUAAGCCAAAUUUCAAUAAGAGGUUUUUCAACCAAGGUCCUCCUAACACUCCAAGGGUCAACAAAGGUAACGUGUCUACCCCAAAGCCUCAAGAAGCAAGACGUGGUGGUCCUUAUGUUAAGAAGCCUAUUUGUGCAAAGUGUGGUCGAAAACAUGAAGGCAAGUGCCUAGUUGGCACGGGUAAUUUUUAUGGUUGUGGUAAGAGCGGCCACAUGAGGAGGUACUGCCCUAUGCUAAAGGCUCAAGGAAGGGAAAAUACUCAAGCACAAGCAAGUGGACCAAAUCCCGAUGCUCCUAAAAAGAAUCGCUUCUAUGCUCUUCAAUCCCGAGGUGAUCAAGAGAGCUCUCCAGAUGUUGUGACCGGUAUGCUACAAAUAUUUUCAGUUAAUUUUUAUGCAUUGUUGGAUCCCGGUACCAAUUUGUCUUUUAUUGUUUCUAGUGAGGGUAUAGAAGUUGAUCCAAAGAAAACCGAUGUGGUCAAAAGUUUGCAUAGACCUUUGAAUCCUUCCAACAUCCGAAGCUUUUUGGGUUUGGCCGGUUAUUAUCGGAGUAUGGGAAGUAUAGCUUAUGACUCGAAACAACUCAAGGUGCAUGAGAAGAAUUAUCCAACUCAUGACCUUGAGCUUGCGGCUGUAGUCUUUGCUUUUGAGAUUUGGAGACACUAUCUCUAUAAGUUGUUGAAGUGUCUCCAUGGAUGGAGCAAUGCUUCUUUUACUUCUCUCUUGGAGUUAUUGAAAGAAGUGAUUCCUGAGAUGAAGAUUCCUGAAUCUUACAAUAAAGCCAAGGCCGUGGUAAGGGACUUAGGUCUUGACUAUAAAAAGAUUGAUGCUUGUCCUAAUGAUUGUAUGUUAUUUAGAGGUGACCAUAAAGAUGAUGAGUAUUGCCAUGUUUGUGGAGCUUCUCGAUUUGUUGAACAUCCUGAAGUAGAUAGUAAUCUUGAGUCUUCUAAGAAACCUCAUCGUGUUCCUAUUAAAAUAUUGAGACACUUUUCGUUGAUUCCUAGACUCAAAAGGCUAUUUAUCAGCUCAAAAACAGCAGAAUCAUUAAGAUGGCAUGACGAGCAACGUUCUAAAGAUGGAAAGUUAAGGCAUCGUGCUGAUGGAUGA